AAUGAUGUCAUGCUCUCCGGUUAAGUAUUUUAAAGGAGUAAUGAUAUAAUUUUUUACGUAACAUCAAUUUACUUUAGGGCAAUCCAGCAUCAUGCCAGUGCACUGUGCACCCACCAACUUUCCUUUCCAAUUUGCAUGAGGCUGAAACCAGAGUUCAGUAUAUAACGACGAGAUGCUCAUGUUUCCGCUCUAACAUGGUGAGUCUUUGUUCCAAAGGCGGGAAGGCAGGCAACAAGCUUAAGUCUGUAUUUUAUUCGAAUUGGGCUGAUUCAAGACAGAUUUUGGCGAGAGUGAGCCCUCUCGCGUCUCCGCGCUGAAACUAUACCACCAGAGAAAACAGCCGUUCGAGCGAAACACCUCCUACUUUAUGUAGCCCUGAUCCUGUCUGGCCAGAAGUAGUAUGACAUUUCCUCCAGACAGUCUACAAAUACUGAAACAAACAAACCAAUUGUGCGCUGCCUUAUGGGACUCCAGUCACGGCCGGUUGUGAACCAGGGUGUCUGUGGGGACGCCUCCAACACUGAGACCCAGUGCAGACCGCUGCGCCACUCGGGAGCCACAGGCUUCUCUUGACAAAAUGGGCCACUAUUCUGAUAAUUGCUCUGAUGACUUGGAUACAUUUUGGGAUAAGUCGAUAAAUAAAUGUGUGCCAUGUCAUCCACAGCAUCCGAUCCAACCAGGGUACGAAUUUAGUCCAAACUGUGGCAUGCAUGAUGAUGGGGGGAGGUCGGAAAUACCAUAUCGGAAAUGUGCCGCCCAGACCUUCAAUAAUGGGAGCUUCGUGAAAUGCCAACCCUGUUCUAGCUGCCUCCCAACUGAUCAAAAGGUGUCCGAAUGCAACAACACGACAGACACGCAAUGCUGCGGAUCGAGGGACCAGACAGGCUGUCGGGAAGGAGUCCUGGGUACUACGACUCAACAGGUGCAACAGUCAACUUCGUUAAAGGUCCAAAUGUCAACAUCAAAUCCCACCACAGCCAAACACACUGCUCAAACCAUCAGACCACCAGACGUCAACCAUAAGACUGCAUGGAUAGUGCUUACCCUCAUCUUGGUUCUCUCUGUACUUGCAUUUCUCUUAUUCAUCUAUAUUAAGAAGAGAAGGGGAAGAUCAAGAGCCUUUUGCAUCAGAGAUAAGGAGAAUAAGCCAUGCUUUAAGGUCAGCCUUAACUGCCUCCCAUCAGACAAUAUCCUGUAUACCAACCAACAGUCAUGGAGUAGUAGGGGAACAGCAGCUGUCAAUGAAGAGGUUGCUCUCCUACAGUCAGAGACGAGGAACCUAGAGGACAUUUUGAGUCCUGACCUCCAGUCUGCGCCACUGCAGAUGGUUCUGGACAACCUGGAUGUUCUAGAGGAGCUUGUGAUCCUGCUGGACCCAGAGAUCCCUGGGGUGAAGAACACCAGCCACCUAGCAUCUCGCUGCUCCUUCCCCGCCACCUGGAUUACCUACACCUACUCCAUGAGGGACAGCAAGAGCCCCCUGAGGGCCGUGCUAGAGGGGGUCACCACCAAGCACCCAGACUGGACUGUAGGACAAUUGGCCAGGCUGCUGAGAGAGAUGGACCGGAACGACGCAGUGGUGGUGCUCACCAAACUCACCUUGUUUAAGGUUGUCUAGUCUGGGUGUGUUUUGUGUUGGGUCUGGAAAAGAUGGCUCCAUCCAGAUACAAUCACGGAGUCUCUACCACCUGCAAAGGCACUGAGAUAUAACAGGAGGGCCAGUAGGAGGCAUGCUUUCCUUAGGGACCCCAAAGUCGCAAGGCAGUGAUUGGGAACACUGUUCUUUUGUAUUAGGGUUCAAAUAAGAUAUUUAACUGUGAUAACAUGGCACUUACCACUUAAAGCAGGGAUGUUAAAACCUCUUAGUGAUCCCUUCACGCGCCAAUCCCGUUAGCGGGAUAGAUUUCACAAUUACUUAAAGCAGGGAUGUUAACCCCGGUGUCCUGAAAAAGAGGAGCCGCACACUCUAGUAGCUCAGAUGCAAUAAUGUAAUAACCUAAUAACCAACGUUUCGACAGACAAGCUGUCUUCAUCAGGGUAUAAUGACAAGCACGUUUAGGUGACUAGUUUAUAUAGUGUCAAAGGACACACACAUGUCUGUAAUCAUGACCGGGUGUGGCUUGAUAUCGUUGGUUCAUUUUCAGAUAUAUAUAGAACAUACAAAAACAUGAAUCAUAGAUACAAUUUUGUUACAUCAGCCUACAAACAUAUGCAAUGAAUAGCAAAAUCACAAAAAUGGCUUCAGAUCAAUGUCCAGGCGGCCUCUCGUUUUAACAAUAAAUUGUCGAGGUCCCCCCCAACCCCCUCUCCUAGGGAGGGUGACGUGUUCGAUGCCGAUAUAAAGUAAGUACGAAAUCGGGUGGUUCACUUCCAAAAAGUGUGCCGCAACUGGGUAUGUUGAGUUUUUGCACCUAAUGGUGCUAUGAUGCUCCGAGAUCCGUAGUUUUAAUUUGCGCUUCAUUUUACUACAAGGACAAGUUAUAAGAUAAAUAACACAUUUGAUUGGGAUCCGUUUCCCUGGUUGGGGGUUUACCAUGCAAGUCAGUUCAGAAUAGAUUCUUAUUUUCAAUGACGGCCUACGAACAGUGGGUUACCUGCCUGUUCAGGGUCAGAACGACAGAUUUGUCAGCUCGGGGGUUUGAAUUUCAAUAGCUCCUUGGUCAUGUGACUUCAAACAAGGUUCAGAAUGUCCACUCAGUGUCCCUACACAUUGCACAACCUUUAGUUUGUCCAUUUUCAUCUCACGUGGUUUUACAUGAAUUUUUCAACAUUUAGAAUUUCAAUAGUUCCUUGGUCAUGUGACCUAAUGUCCGCUGACUACCCUUCUAUAUUGCACACUCUUGUUUGUGUACUGUAAAAUCAUGCGGUGUAACAUACCUUUUUCAUAAUUUCACAUUUGCAAUAGCUCCUUGUUCAUGUCAAUAGCUCCUUGUUCAUGUCAAUAGCUCCUUGUUCAUGUCAAUUACACAUCUAAGAAGCAUGCAGUGGAUAUACACCCAUAUUGCAUAACCUCUAGUCAUGUAUCUUCUAUAUUGUUGUACAGUAUUAUUAGUUUGACAAUUAGGGGGUUCAGUCCAGUGUUUACCCUUUUCUUUAAUGUUUAUCUACAAUAGUUGGUCGUUCUAAGUACUUAUUUUCCCUGUUUUUUAUUUUUCCUAUUGUGUAUUUGGUACAGGGAUGGAGAGGGAGCUAGUGAGGUAGGCUGCAGUGGGUUUGCUGGUCAAUACAUAUACUGAACAGGGAUGGAGAGGGAGCUAGUGAGGUA